AUGAAGCUUCAACUGGGAAUUGCCCUUUUAUGCAUUAUUUGCUUAAUCUGGACUCAAGAAAUUCUUUGCGAUGAACCUUUUACUACAUCUAGCACAAACAAGUGGACAUGUACCUGUUCUUCUGCAUAUCAAGGGAACCAGAGCUUUGCUAUCUCGACUAAUUGUUCUUCAUCCUGUGAUUGCAGUCUUGCUGCAGGAGGAUCAAAUGGAAACAAAUGGAUAUGCAUUUGUGCUGCUGAUGGAUUCCCUAAAUUGGCUGCUGAUAGUAAUGAUACAAACUGUUUCACGACCUGCAAUUGUAAUUCAGGAUCUUCAAGUGGGUCGCAAUCUUCGAACAAGCGUAUUUCCAGCAAAGUUGUUCUGCCCAUUCUCCUACUAUGUGUAAUACUAGCAACUCUUGCAUUCAUUGCUUCGGUAAGGGACGAAUGUCCUACUCAACGGCCUCUAUUCUCACCAGAAAAAGAUACCAGAUGCAACAGUUCUACCAACCUAAUAAGCCAUAGAUUUUCUUCAGUGUCGGACUACAAAAUCUAUUUAGGUUCCCCAGUCAAUCCUAUCUCAGGGUGCAUUCACAAGGCUUCUUUCUCAUUCAGAAGCAAAGCAAGAACAAUGCCUGGAACAAUUAUACAGUUUUCAUAUUCUGAUUUGGAAAAUGCAACGUAUAAGUUCUCUGACUCUACUUUGAUAGGAGCUGGGGGAAGCAGCCACGUUUACUGUGGCCAUCUUAAAGAUGGUGGAACUGUGGCAAUCAAGAGAAUAAAAGCUCAGGGAGGGCCAGAUGCAGAAUCUCUAUUUUUGACAGAGAUUGAAGUGAUAUCAAGACUCCAUCAUUGUAAUGUGGUACCUUUGCUUGGCUACUGCUCAGAGUACCAAGGAAAACAAGUUGAGAGGCUGCUAGUAUUUCAGUACAUGACCAAAGGUAAUCUGAGAGAGUGUCUGAAUGGGGCCUCAGGCAUAUGCCUGGACUGGGGUGCUCGGGUUGCAAUUGCACUUGGAGCUGCAAGGGGCCUGGAAUAUCUCCAUGAAGCAGCUGCUCCGAGAAUCUUGCAUAGAGAUGUCAAAUCUACAAACAUUCUUUUGGAUGAGAACUGGACUGCCAAGAUUACUGAUCUUGGUAUGGCUAAACAUUUAACAACUGAUGGCCUACCCAGUAGUUCCAGUUCUCCUGUAAGAAUGCAGGGGACAUUUGGCUAUUUUGCACCUGAAUAUGCAAUUAUUGGAAGAGCUUCUCUGAAGUCAGAUGUUUUCAGUUUUGGGGUAGUUCUUCUUGAGCUAAUUAGUGGCCGGCAACCCAUCCGUAAGACAGCCAACAAUGGGGAAGAGAGCCUUGUCAUAUGGGCUACACCUCGUUUGCAGGAUAGUGGGCGAGUAAUUUUGGAGUUGCCUGAUCCGAAUCUGAAAGGAAAUUUCCCAGAAGAAGAGAUGCAGAUAAUGGCUUACUUGGCAAAGGAGUGCCUGUUGUUGGAUCCUGAUUCUCGACCAACCAUGAGUGAGGUUGUUCAAAUCCUUUCAACUAUUGCAUCAGAAAGAUCGAAAAGGAGAUACACCCCAGUAAAACUGCUUCAGAGCUCGUCAAGUCGUUGCACGAAAAGUGAAAUAGUGAUGGAGAGGUCUGACAAACUAAUUCAGGAUCCUAUUGAUGUUGAGGACCUAAGGCGAAUCUCAUCCAAUAAAUGGUCACCGCGAUCUUCAUUGCAGUCAAAUAUUGACCGUACUCUCUGUGUUGUGCAGAAUGGGAAAGAAUCAGAUGCUGUUUCUUCUGAGUAUACAGACAGAUUGACCCUCUUAUCUUCAAAUGCUAGAAGUUGCCGUUCUGGAGAUGAUGAAGCAGUGGACUUAACUGAGCCCCGGUUUGAAUCAUUUCGUAUGACACAUGUUAUGUCCCCCAGAUAGUUGAAGAUGCUACAACAGAACCAGCAAAUAUGAGUUUUCGACUUUUCGUUACACUGAUGUUCGCAAUACAGUGUAUUCAGGUUACUUCCCUUCUUGCUCUUCUUAGAAUCUGUAAAUCAGGAUGAAGAAAGCAUUUUUAGCAUAGACGGGCCAUUUACAAUGCCAUGUUUUGACCUUUAUUUUUUGGGAGUAUUACAGUCAGGGGUAUCCGGGCAAAUCACAGGUUUGUGGAAUAACAAUAUAUGUAGUUUUAUUGUUGAUUGCACUUUUUUUUAGUGCGGA